UGACGCUGUUCUAUUUUCACACAUGCGCAGAAGAGCCUCGCACUCAGCCGGACUGUCACUAUUGACCCGGAGUGUUACAACGUUAGCUUGACUGCUAAAUUCAGGCUUUACAAACCCCUCGCCGUUGGUGUUUAAUAAGAGUUGUACUCCCCUCUUGACUGUCUUCGUGAGGACAUGUUUCUUCGAGACGUUUGUUUUGUGCGGCUCGUAUAAUUUAAUCCGGAAACUUGCAGCAUACAAUAUGAAUUGCAUCUUUCGGCAGUGAACGGACCGUUAGCCACCGUGGAGCUGAAGCAGCUAGCGACCGAGACUUGGUUUGUGGUCCUGACGUUUAAACCUUUGAAAGUUCGUGGCUUAGUGUUACAAGACGAGUCCACACUCCACGUUUUUGAGACCGCACCUUCUGUGGACACCUCUCCUAAACUUGUUGUCCACUUGAGGACAGAGAGAUUGGAGACAGUUACAGAGAACCCAAAACCACUGGCCAAGAUCCUGCUUUGUGUCCGAUUCCAGUUUCCUGCAGCAGAAAGAAGGACCUUCACCUACUAGGACAUGUGAAGGUCGAAAAGAAGGAUUGUGAAAAGGAGAAUCCCAAGUGGACUGACUGAGGAUGACUGAGAUGAUGAAGGUUGAAGCAGAGGAACCUGGAGGGAUCAGCUUGGAGCCCCCUGUAUCUGCAGGGUCAACAUCAGAACUGGAGGAGAAAACACAAGACAGCAAAGAUGUCAUCUAUCAGAUGUUGGUGAUUAAAGAAGAGGUUCCCUAUGACUGGGGCUCCAGUUUGGACCAGCAGGAUCCAAACUCUAAGGAGGAAGCGGCAGUUUGGCUCUGUCAGGAUGGAGAGGCGCUUACUGUGAAAAUUGAAGAUGAAGAGAAGCCUGAGCUAUCAGAACUUUGUCCAUUUAAAACCAAUGACAACAGAGACGUUCAAUCUCAGAAUAGCAGUUUAUCUAAACAGAUGGAAACAUACCCUGAUGGAGGGGACUGUGGAGGACCGGAACCAGACAGAAAUGUAGAUCCGUUGUGUUUCUCUACGCGAGACCAAGUAAAAGUUUGCAAACGAGGUAAAAGAUCUGAACUUUCUCUGAAACUCAGAGAAAGUCAGAGUGGAGUUCAUGCCGGAAAGAAAACAUUUGAUUGCAAUUUUUGUGGUAAAAUAUUUAAACAUAGGACUUCUGUUAAAUUACACAUGGCGAUUCACAGUGGAAAAUUAGAACAUAGCUGUUAUCUUUGUGGAAAAGGAUUUAGAGAGAAGAGUUCUCUUAAAACUCAUAUGAUGCUCCACACUGGGGAGAAACCAUUUGCAUGUGAUGUUUGCUGUAAAAAAUUUCCUACAAAGGCAAAUCUGAAAACUCACAUGAAUGUCCAUUCAGGAGAAAAACCUUUUUCAUGUGAUAUUUGUGGUGCAAUAUUUAAAGUAAAGGAAAGUCUUAUUAACCACAUGUGGAUCCACACCACAGGAAAACCAUUUGUUUGUAGUGUUUGUAGUAAAGGAUUUUCACGCCAAGGAAUCCUAAACAGACACAUGCGCAUUCACACAGUAGAUAAACAGUUUAUUUGUGGUGUUUGUAGUAAAGGAUUUUCCCGCCAAGGGAAUUUAAAGAGUCACAUGAAUGUUCACACAAGUGAGAAAUCGUUUAUUUGCAGUGUGUGCAGUAAAGGAUUUUCUGAACACAGGAGCUUAAAAACUCACAUGCGUGUUCACACUGGGGAGAAACCAUUUAUAUGUGGUGUUUGUAAUAAAGGAUUUUCCCAACAAGGGAAUCUAAAAAUUCACAUGCGUGUUCACACAAGUGAGAAACCUUUUACAUGUAGUGUUUGCAGUCAAGAAUUUUCUUUAAAAGUUAGCCUAAAAGCUCACAUGUGUGUUCACACAAAAGAGAAACCAUUUACUUGUAGUAUUUGUAGCAAAAUAUUUUCAUGGAAACAGAGCCUAAAAAAUCACAUGCGUGUUCAUACAGGUGAGAAACCGUUUAUUUGUAAUGUUUGUAGUAAAGGAUUUUCACAGAAAGAGACCCUAAAAAGUCACAUGCGUGUUCACACAGGUGAGAAACCGUUUUUUUGUGAUAUUUGUAGCAAAGGAUUUUCUCUAAAAGCGAUCCUAAAAACUCAUAUGCGUAUUCACACAGGCGAGAAACCGUUUAUUUGUAGUGUUUGCAGCAAAGAAUUUUCACAGAAAGAGACCCUAAAAAGUCACAUGCGUGUUCACACAGGUGAGAAACCGUUUGUUUGUGACAUUUGCAGUAAAGGAUUUUCUCUGAAAGGGAAUUUAAAAAGUCACAUGCGUGUUCACACAGGCGAGAAACCGUUUACUUGUGAAGUUUGUUUUAAAGGAUUUUUACGAUCCAGAACGCUGAAAAAGCACAUGGCUGUUCAUGCCGCACAAUUUAGCUGUAGUGAAUGUGGCAAAAAUUUUGUAAAGGAAAUACAGCUGGAGCGACACAUGAGACUCCACUCUGAGGAGAGGCCAUUUGGUUGUGAUGUCUGUAAAAACAGAUUUAAUUACAAGCGCUGUCUUGAAAGACACAUGAAACUCCAUUUAGGAGAGAAACCGUCCACGUGUGGUGUUUCCUGUCAAGCAUUUUCAUAACAUGGAGGUCUGCAGAAACAUAAAUAUUCACGAGGGCUGAAACUAACAUUUAUGACAACAGUCAACUAAUCUUUUGAAGUCUUUCUGGCUGCUCAGUGAUCAUUUCAAUCUGUAGCUUACUGUUUUGUAAUCCACAAUGGUAAGCAUUUUUGUUCCACGUUCUCCCUUGUCUGUACAGCUGUGAAUUUCAUCUCAAUGGCCAUGCACUUUCACAAAAAUUGUGAUUGGUGAACUUCAACAUGUUUUUUUCUUAGAUCUCUUGCUCCUGUUGAACAUCUGAAACACUGCAGAUGACUCAGUCCUGAACUUUUUUUUCUUCGAUUACAAAUUAAGGUUUCCAGUGUAAUCUGUAAUUUUUCAAUCCUUCACUUAAAGUAAAUUUCCAAAGGUUUCUGACUGUGGAGGAGUCCUAACUUUGAGUAUCUCUGGUCUGUCAGACUUUGCUUUGUUUGCCCUGUUAAUGCCUGUUCUGUUCUUAAUUCAUGGUGUUGAAUACACUUUGAGGAAUAAGUUGGAUUAUUGUUAGUUGAGACAUGGCAAAAGGACAGAAUUUUAUAUUUUAAUGAAAUGUGUCCUCCAAAGUUCUGUUUUUACCACACCUUGCCAUAGAGUCUCUUUAAACCCAAACAAAACUGUACUUGGGUAAAUUACUUACUUUUAAAUUUUAGCUCUAUAAAGGAGAUUUGCAUAAUUCAUUUUAGAAUUUGACCUUCUGGUCUAUAUGGUUAAUUUUUCUGAAUUUAAAGAGUUCAGUUAAUUAGUAUAUCUCCCACAUGUCCCUUGUUGUAACGCUGCCUUAGAUUUGUAUUGUCUAACAUUAAAGCUCAAGGUCUCGGUAGAUUAUUCCUUGUACAAGAGCCUUAUGUUGAGUCACCAAAAGACAAGGUAUUGUGGAGUUUGUGCUCCACAGAAAUGGAGAAGCAUGUUGAUAUUAGUUUACUCCUGUUAAGGGCUUGUUUGAAAUAAAAUACUUUAUUCAGAUAAGUCUAUUUUGAAGUCUUUACUUUGGUUACCCUGCUCCAGUCCUCGAACACCUCUGCAACUUUUAGAUGCAUUCCUUCUCAAUACGGGUCUAAGCAACUUCAUUUUUUUCGUCUUCUUCUGUUUUUAAGUUGAGGCUAGCAUGUGUUUUUUGCAGACCUACAAAAUUAAUGGAGAGAAUAUAGGGUUUAAAAUGAAUAUAUUAGCGUCCCGAUCCACACUCCAUUCCAGGAGGUGGCGGUAAUGGGCAGAAACAUUGCUGUCAUCCGCCAUUAGACAAAAAGAAGAAGAAUGAGAACGCGCCACGGCUAUGGUUGAUUCAGACAAAUAGUGUUGAGUGGUAAAGCUUUUAUAUUUGUACUUUUACUAGUCAGAUAGUGAACACACUAUGGUGAUAACCGAACAUUGCUACUUUGGUUGCAAACAAGGAUUGUGAAAAGGAGAAGUCAAGAGGACUGAGGAUGUCUGAGAUAAUGAAGGCUGAAGCAGAUGAACCUGGAGGCUUGGAUCCCUCCAUACCUGAAGCAUCCACGUCACAACCGGAGGAAACAAAAGACAGCACAGAUCUCAUUCACCAGAUGUUGGUGAUCAAAGUAGUUCCUCAUGACUGGAACCCGAGUUCAGAUCAGCAGGACCAAGAACCCCCCCACGUAAAGGAAGAAAACGAGGAGCAGGGGAUCAGUCAGCAGGAAGAGUGGCUUACUGUGAAGAUUGAAGAUGAGGAAAAACACCAGUCAUCAAAGUUAUGUCAAAUGAAAACUGAAGACAACAGAGAGACAAAAGCUGUAAUCUGCACCUCAGCUGAACAAAUGGAAACAGAACCUAAUGGAGGGGACUGUGCAGGAGCAGAACCAAACAGGAACACAGGUCCAGGAUGUUCUUUUCAACAAAAUAAGGUGGCUAUUUGCAGAAGAGAUCAAUCAUCUAAACUUUGUUCCAAACUUACGGCUCAGAUAGAAAUCCAAGAAGACAAGAAGACAGAUGACAGCAGCCCUUGUAGUAAAGGUUUCACACAUAAGACUCAAGAUGAUUUAAACAUGACAUUGAACGCUGCAAAGGAAGACCACAGCUGUGAUAUCUGUGGUAAAGAAUUUGUAGUAAAGCGUUAUCUCCAGACACAUAUGAGACUCCACACUAGUGAGAGACCAUUUGUUUGUGAUAUUUGUUCUAAAAGGUUCAAUAGAAAGACAAAUCUUAAAAUCCACAUGAUGGCCCAUUCUGGAGAAAAACCUUUUUCCUGUGUGAUUUGUGGUAAAAGAUUCAAGGUAAAGGAAAGUCUUAAAAAUCACAUGAAAAUACACACCACAGAGAGGCCAUUUGUGUGUAGUGUAUGUAGCAAAGAAUUUUUAAGGCAAGAAAGUUUAAAAAGUCACAUGUGUAUUCACACAGGAGAGAAACCUUUCAUUUGUAGUCUUUGUAGUAAAGGAUUUUCACGACAUUUGGAACUGAAGAGACACAUGUCUGUUCACACUGGGGAAAAACCAUUUAUUUGUAGUGUUUGCGGAAAAGCAUUUUCCCUGAAAGACCAUCUAAAGAAGCACAUGCAUGUUCACACAGGAGAGAAACCUUUUAUUUGUAGUGUUUGCAGCAAAGGAUUUUCACAAAAACAGAAUCUAAAGAGUCACAUGUAUGUUCAUACUGGAGACAAACCGUUUGUUUGUAGCAUUUGCAGUAAACCAUUUUCACGACAAGAAAGUCUAAAAACUCACAUGCAUGUUCACACAGGGGAGAAACCAUUUAUUUGUACUGUUUGUAGUAAAGGAUUUUCACAACAAAGGAAACUUAAGACUCACAUGCGUGUUCACACAGGGGAGAAGCCAUUUGUUUGCGACGUUUGUAAUCAAGGAUUUUCGCAACCCCGAGAUCUGAAAAAGCACACUGCUGUUCAUACUGGUCAGUUCAGCUGUAGUGAGUGUAAUAAACGUUUUGUGAAAGAAAUCCAGUUGGAGCAACACAUGAGACUCCACUCGAGGGAGAGACCAUUUGGUUGUGAUGUCUGUAAAAGCAGAUUUAAUCAAAAAUGUGUUCUUGAAAAUCACAUGAGAGUCCACUCAGGAGAGAAACCUUUUGUUUGUAGUGUUUGCAAGAGAGGAUUUGUCCGACACGAAAACCUUAAGAAGCAUAUGGGUGUUCAUCAGAGCUGCAAUUAAUGUGCAUUUGUUUCUUCUGUUCACCUGGGGGAUUUUAUUAUUCAUUGGUGUAUCAGUGCUGCCCAAAGUGGGUCCUCGAAGGCCGGCAUCCAACAUGUUUUAGUUCUCUUCCUGGUUUAAUACACCUGGAUCAAAUGAUGGCUCGUUAGAUGGCCUAAGAGGAACAUUGACAUGCCAAAAAGGUUGUUACUACCAGCAUGGAGAGAACUAAAACAUGCAGGAUGCCGGCCUUGGAGGACCCACUUUGGCCACCCCUGGUCUACAUGAUAGUAAACAUUUCCCACAGUUAAGAAUCUAAUUACCAGUGAAGUGUGAAUUUAAACUCUUUUUCUUCUGUCAUUUAUCAGCUCUACUUUACAAUCUCAAAAACUUGUAUAGAAUUCAAACCUGAACUGAAAUAUUCUCCUCUGAUUACAGGUAUUGUAACCAUUUCAGGGUUCUUUGAAAUCCUAAUUCAACUCCUACGGACAAAUAAAGUGUCCACUUACCAACAUGUCAGUAUUCUUAACUAAAUAUCGUAAAAUUAUGAAUCCAAAGCAACUCUAAGCAAAUGUGUGUUCAACUCAGCAUUUUUUUUUUUUCAGUUUUCUGGAAAUUUGUUCCAGAUCACUGGAGCAUAAAAACUGCAUACUGCUUCCCUGAUUCUGAGCUGGAGAGUUGCCUAGAGUUGUGAACAGCUGCAUUCUGGAUCCCCUGUCUGACUUUUUAGGCAUAUGUAUCAUGACAGUAUUGCAGUUAAUCAAUCCAACCAAAGUUAAAUGCAUGAAUGAGUUUCUCUAGAUCUUCCUGGGACAUUAAUCCUUCUAAAACUUUGAGAUGUUCCUCUGGAGAUAAAAGUUAUUAAUUGCCUUUUUGUGUCUGAAGGUUCAGAUCACUACACUCAGAUUUUGGACAUCAUCAGUCUUUUCAAACUAUAACAAUUGAAGCUGUGUGCUGACUCUUGAUCAGCUUCUGUUUUGUUUCUAUUAGUUAUAUUUUGAGAUUGUAAAUCCUGAAAAGCCAAUUUUCUAAGCAAUUUUUUAUUGUAAAACAGCAAAACUACAAACACAAUCUCCCUAAAAUACAUUUCAACAAGUAUUUGUUUACUAUAAUUAUAAUGUUAUGAGAGUUCAGUAAUCAACAGCAACAUUUAUUCUGAUAUUUUCUUCAACGUGAAAUUGGAAAUGGGAGAGUUGAUCUUUUUUUAAAGGACCAUUCCCUAAAAUACAGCAUUUUUUGUUUAAAAACAAUUUUACAGUGUUGUGAAGUAACGAAGUACAUGUACUUCGUUACUGUACUUAAGUACAAUCUUCGUGUAUCUGUACUUUACUUAAGUAUAUUUAAUAAUGGAUACUUUCGACUUUUACUCCACUACAUUUUACAGUAAGUAUCUGUACUUUCUACUUACUACAUUUCUACAAAACCGUCCCGUUACUCGUUACAUCCAAGUCGCAUUGCGCUUUUUUUCCGUUAAAAUAUGAAGUUCAGGGACUUAACAAGGCGCUGUAAAUCCAAGCAAUAACUUGACCUACUAAUU